CAGCCAAACAGGGAGGAAACCAUUCCAACAGCGAGCAUCAUCUACCCACAGUCCCACUCUCCGCUCAAUGUUCCUGAACAAAUGAAGCUUCAGCAGUGCUGUCUUCAUCUGCGCAGGAUUCAAGGACGAGCGCGGUUACAGUAAGAUGAUGCAGCAGGUGUGGGCGAGAUCUGCCGAGGCGAGUGGGCCUUAGUGUGUAUGACAUGGUGUGGGAGAUGAGGACCGUUCUUCCGGUGAGUGGAAGCAGUGAUGGAGGGGAGUCCCGCAGCCUCCAUACGAAGGUGGGCCGAAUGAAGAAGCUACUGGGGCUGAGGCCGAGUCACUCGGUGGACGCCCAUGUGGACAGGGAGCCUGGGGUAUGGCUGAUGAGCUUCCAGUUGUUGGAUUCUGAUGAACUGUGUGCGGACCCAGUGCAGGAAUGGGGGGAGGAAGAGGAGAACGGCGCUGUGUUUGGCAUCACGCUGCGCCGAGAGCCCGUCGUGCCAAGCGCAGAAAUGGCCAUGGCGGCAGACAGCCACGUCCACUACCGCACAGUAAAGCUGCGCAGGCUUAAAGCUGGUACCCUGGAGCACUUGGUCACCCAUCUUCUGGAUCCCGAGCAUCAAGAGCCUGACUACGUCCAUGUCUUCCUCUCCACCUACAGAGCCUUUACCUCUAUCAGUAACCUUAUUGAGCUGCUUUUUCAAAGCGACGACUCAAACGGCAUCUCCUUGCAAAGUGCAUUGCUCCCAGUAAUCAAGCUGUGGUUGGGGGAAUACAGUGCAGACUUCCACGAGCCCCCUCAAUAUCAGGCUCUCCGGCUCUUAUGUGCCAACUUGCGCCGGCGCCUCUGUUUUAGGCGCUUGGCUCAGACUGCAGAGAGUUUGCUGAAGUCGCACCAGGAACGAGAUCGCAGCCAGUUGAUGUCAGUGGAUGACAGGGGACUGCUCUGCAAGGAGGAAGAUACAGACGUGUUUGUGAACUUCGCUGUCACAGAUGUAGCAGAGCAGCUUACCAGAUUGGACAUGGAACUUUUUGUCCAAGUGUUGCCAUUCCACUGCCUGGGCUGUGUGUGGUCACAAAGAGACAAGAAGGAAAAUCACAAUCUGGCACCCACCGUCCGUGCCACCAUUUCCCAGUUCAAUGCAGUCACCAACCUCGUCAUCACUUCGCUGCUUUGCCCGUCUUCUCCGAGCCCCUCCACCUCGUCUCCCAUCUCAUCACCCAGCUCCUCCUUGAGCUUCCUCUACCCUUCGAGCGCUCAAUGCCCACCUCACUCCUCUCAAACCGGUCCUUCCUGCAGAGCAGGCAUCAUUGAGAGGUGGAUCAAUGUGGCACAGGCGUGCAGGCAGCUGAAGAAUUUGUCUUCCUUAUGGGCCAUCCUGUCCGCCCUGCAGUCCAACGCUGUGUAUCGCCUCAAGAAGACCUGGAUGGCUGUGAGCAAUGAAAGCAUGGCUACCUUUAAGCAUCUGUGCGAGACAUUUCCUGAUGAGAACUGUGUGCUGGCCAAUCGAGAGAUCCUGACAGAGAAGCAUAAAAGUGGUAUCGUACCUUACCUGGGCUCCUACCUGACUGUCCUUAUGAUGCUGGACACGGCUCUCCCUGACUCUGUGGAGGGUGGACUCAUCAACUUUGAGAAGCGCAGACGGGAGUUUGAGAUUCUCGAUCAGAUUCGUCAACUACAGGCUUCCUGUUCUCACUAUCAACUUCCUGUGAACUGUCGCAUCACAGACUGGCUGCAGGCGCACAAGCUCGUUCUCACUGAUCAGGAGAGUUAUGAACUGUCUCGUGAGCUGGAACCUCCCGUCGAUCCAUGUCCCACUUCUCCCAAUUUUCGGAGCAAUCGAUUGCUAACUAAGAAGCUCAUCUCGUCACAAGCAACCAGUGACCGUUCUCUGCGGAAGACUCACACCGACCAGAUGAGUGUGUCGUCUUCAAGCUCCAGCAGUUCAGACAUGGACGACCUCAGCAUCCCUCAUUCAUCCCCACACAGACUCAAACUCAAGUCACUGUCCAGCUCAAUGCACAACAUCACGGAGGACUACGCCUCCAUGUCUUCUUCGUCCUCCUCUUCUCCCAUCCUCUCCAGCUCCUCCUGCAGCUCCUCCCAUCCCGACCUGAGCUGCUCCUCUUUGGCGCUGAGGUCGGACUCCUCCUCGUCCCCCUGCUGCGUCUCCACGCAGUCUGUGCUUCCCGUUUACAACAAACAGCUUGCCGACUCGUGUAUCAUCAGAGUCAGCUUGGAGUGUGUAAACAACGGCAACGUCUAUAAAAGCAUUUUGCUGACCAGUCAGGAUCACACACCUCAGGUCAUUCAGAAGGCUCUGGACAAACACAACCUGGAGGAGACCUUCAGCUGUCAGGACUUUAUCCUCUGCCAGAUGCUCAACAAUGGAAAUGAGCUCCACUUCCCCGACAACGCCAACGUGUAUUACGCCAUGUGCACCACCUCCAACUACAACUUCGUCCUGCAUCAACGCUGGAGGAGCCACGGGAGACAGGCGGGCUCCUCCUCCAGUCCUGUUGUGCCACCCCGUGUCCGCCACGCUAAGUGACAAACGGCUGUCGAAGGAGAUUCCUAACUCACAGCAGCUUCGUUUGGCUCGGCAUGCGAGCCACCCGGACUCCUCCGAGCUGUGCUUAGAUGUCUUUCGUCAGUGCCUCGGCUGCAUUCAAACAUCAGGACUUCGGACCUGCUCCACCUCAGCAAGCUCCAGCCUCUCACAAAGCGUGUUUGGAGCUUUUGCACAAGUAGAUGUGGUCUCAAUGGGACUCGGCAAAUCGAAGCGAGCUGCUCACUGCAACCUGCGUUGAUUUGUGAACGGUCUGCAAGUCGUGCAAGUGCAUCGGACCACCGUCUUUACAAACAUUGACAUCUGAUUUUAGUGUUUAUUGUUUUGUUUUAGUGUUACUUUCAAUCAACUUAAGUAUUGAAUUGACCGUAUUCUGCUUUGCAGGAUUGUUUUGUUUAAUUUUGCGUGUGAACAUGAGCAGACUAGUACGACAUGAAGGAUGAACGCUAAUGUAUGCCGCUGUCAAGUGAAGGAGAUAAUGUGCUUUUGUAGUCGUGCUCUUGCUGCUUUUUUACAAUGUAUCUACAAUGGAAGACUGCUGAUUGAGUUGAGGUGAUGUUACGAGUACAAGAUGGCAUCCUUCAUCUGCGAUGACGUGAACGUGGUUAGCGUCAAGGAUGGUUCUUGUAUGUGAAAGAUGAAGUGUCCAAGUAAGUGAAAUGACAUGCCAGUCAUGUUAAAUCCUUGCGUUUCAAACUGUUGAAAUUGCCGACCCUUUUUGCAAUGAAUUUUGAAAUACUGCUAAAGUGUGUGCAGGUUUGUGCAGGAGUUUGUUUCACUGGCUUAAGCUUGAACAUGUUUUUUUAUUUUUCUUUCAGUUUUUCAUCUGACUGUUUGCAUACUUCUAUUUAAGCUUGUCUGCGUAUAUUAAUAUUUUAUUUCCUUUUUUAAAAUUUUUCCCCAAGCUCUUAAUAAUUUGAAAUACUGGCUAAUAAAGACAUUUUCGUGUUUAUUAUAA